UCCGUUUGGGAAGUUCAACCUAAUGAAGUAAUGAUGGUUGGGGAUAACCUUAAAGAUGAUGUGAGUUCUGCUCUAUUUCUCUCUCCAUCAUUUGCACCAUAUUUGUUAAGAACAUUUCUGAUUCAUUUUGAGGUUGCUUGUGGGAAACGAGCGGGAGCAUUUACAUGCUUGCUUGACAAAACAGGGAGGAAUAGUCUCCAUCGCCCGAACUCCCCCGAACUGGAUCAUCCCCCGAACUCCUUCCCAGGUAUUCUCAUCUGAUCCAGCUUACAAUACCGGAGAUCCGCAACUACUUUAUAAAAGCACUUACUAGACCUAACCCAGAUAACCGCGGCUGUAGGCAGCUGCUCUUAAAUUCUCGAUUCUAACUAAAUGCAAUGUACAGAAAGCUCUAGAUCUCUCUGUUGUUGAGCUAGUGAAGGAUCUAAUUGGUUGAUUGUAGAGGGACCACCGAUCACUGUCUUCUGAUGCCAGAGUUCUGUUGUUUGUAAACACUGUAAGUUUCUCCUGUAGCGUCAUUGUCCCGGAUUACUGCUGGCUAUGACUAUCAAUGAUGUUACUUUGAUAGAUUUAGAUGGUUAUAUUGACUAUAAAUGUAAUCUCCUGUGGGUUCAAAACUGAUGUCGUUAGCUGAUGGGCCAUGGUUGUUUUUCAUUAGCACCUGUUUUUCAGGGUUUAUGGUCUAAAAAAGGUGAGGGAUCUUAUGUUCCCAAAUUCAACUGUCUCUGCAUACUUGUCCCCGUCUCACACUCUCAGUUGUAAGUACAAUACAGUGAAUCUCAAGAAAAGAUUCUUGAAACACGAUCAAUUGACUGGCUCAGGAUCUU